AGGACGGCGAGGAAGCGGUGUUUGCAAGCGGCCACGUUCUUCCGUUCCUCGCGGUCGCCCUGUUCAUGUUCGUGGUCGACUACUACGCCGAUGCCGUGUGCUCCCAGAGGCUGGACGUGCAGCAAGUGGCGAGGGCCGGCUCCAUGAGCGUGUUCGCGUGCGCGCUGGUGGCAGCACUGGCGUGGCACGGCACCAGCCAGCAGGAGGCGGCCGAUCACGGACUGUCCUGGGGCGGGGUGCUCGCCUGCAUCCUGUUCACGCUGAGCACGCUGGGGCUGACCUCGGGCAGCCGCGCCGGCGCGCAGGGUUCGCUGGUGGGCUUCUCCUCCGCGGGCCUGCCGCUCUACACGCUGACCAGCAGCGCGCUGCACCAGUCGUCGCGCUCCGCGGCGCGGCUGCUGGCGUCCGUGCUGCGACAGACCCUCGACAGCCCCCACGGCCGCCGCAUCUUCUACUUCCUCUGCCUCAACCUGAGCUUCACGCUGGUGGAGUUUGCGUACGGCCUGUGGACCAACAGCCUGGGGCUGAUCUCGGAUGCCUUCCACAUGCUGUUCGACUGCUCUGCGCUGGUGCUGGGGCUGCUGGCGGCCGUGCUGGCACGGCGCAAGCCCUCCAAGACCUUCUCCUACGGGUACGGCCGCGCUGAGGAGCUGUCGGGCUUCGUGAACGGCCUGCUGCUGCUGGUGGUGUCGCUGGUGGUCCUGUGGGAGGCUGCGAGCCGGCUGCUGGACCCGCCCCGCAUCAGCACGCGGCGCCUGCUCGCCGUCUCCACCGCCGGCCUCUGCGUCAACCUGGUCGGCAUCGUGGCCUUCAGGCAUAGCCACAGUUCCCACCAACAUUCCCACGGUAGCCAUGGCCAUUCACACAAUGCCAACAUGGAAGGGGUGUUCCUGCACGUGCUGGCGGACACGCUGGGCAGCGUGGGCGUGAUCGUGUCCUCGCUGCUGAUCGACCAGCUGGGCUGGUACGUGGCCGACCCCAUCUGCUCGCUCUUCAUCGCCUCGCUCAUCUUCCUGAGCGUGCUGCCGCUGCUGAGGCGCUCCGCCGCCGUGCUGGUGCUGAGCGCGCCCGCCGAGCUGCGCCAGCGCGUGCCCACCGUGCUGGAGCAGGUGAGGCAACACACGGCUCCCUCGCUCCGCCGCCGUGCUGGUGCUGAGCGCGCCCGCCGAGCUGCGCCAGCGCGUGCCCACCGUGCUGGAGCAGGUGCUGGGCGUGGAGGGGGUAGUAGGCGUGGGCCAGCAGUUCUACUGGAGCCACACGGCCGACACCAGCGCAGCCUUGGUGCACGUGCGGGCCGAGCCGGGCGCGAGCGAGCAGAGCAUCCUGCAGCAGGUGACGGGGAUCCUGAAGCAGGCGGGCGUGCACCAGCUGUGCGUGCAGGUGGAGAAGGAGCGCGUCCCCGGCGCGCACGGCAGCUCCCUGCUGCUCGUCAAGGCCGUCUGAGCUGCGGGUGGGCAGUUCUGAUGUCGCCCUGCGUCCCCGUUGCAGACCAGUUUUCUAGUGCAAGGUCUGCUUGCUUCUUCAUCGAACGACCCAAAGAAACUCAGGAAGUAGGUUUUUACGGGCACAUCUACCUCGGAACAGCAGCACAGGAAACCAUCAAAGUGCAGAGAGUAUAUGGAUAUUUUGUAAUGUUUUUAACUGCGCUAGUGAUGAAGCAUUGGUAAAACAAAUUAUGUUGUUUACUAGUGAAUAUGCUCUAUCAAACUUUUGUUUAUUUUUGGUAUAUAUCUGACAUGUGACUUCCAUUUAGGCUUAUGUAUCAUUUAAUUUUUACCACAUGAAUGUGUAGAGAAUUUGGAAGAAGUUUUGAUAGUAGCUGAGGACUUUUCAAAAGUUGGUUUAAAAUUGUAGGAAAUGUAGACAACACUUAUAUGUACUUCUAAAUAUUUUUAAUAUUUGAAAUAAAUACAUUGUAUGACAAAA